AUGGCAAAUACAAGCCUGUCUACUGUGAUUGAGACCAGAAGUUUCUACGGCGGGAAAGAAGUAAGAGGACCCCCUUCCAAAGUGGUGAAGACUCUCUUCCCACCAAAGGAGAACUCAUCUCCUGGAGCUGCGGGCGUGCAAAAAAGAGUGACUGCAGUGAAACGUGCGCCAUCAUCUUUGCCGAAAGCAAAACGUCAGAAGCGUUUCGUCCAAAAAAAGGCGGCAGCUGUUACAAAGCUGGUUCUGGACCAUCAUGAAGACAGGGUCACACAUCUGGAAAGCCGUCUGGCCGACAGAACAGCGCAGCUUGCAGCAGAGAAAGCUCGAGUAGCCGAGAGAGACGCCGAGAAUGAUCGGUUGAAAGCGGAGGUCAACAACCUCAAACGAGAGCUUCAACAACUCCGAGAGACCAGCCACUUGGAGAGCCACAGAGACAUUUUACAGGAGAUGAGAGCUGGAAUCGGAGAACUUCAGGCGACGCUACGUGAGCAGAGAAGUUAUUCGACGCCUGAGAGACCAAUGCCCAGGUGCACCUCGACACCAGCUCCAGAAACGUCCUCCUUGCAGAUGUCUCCAUUGGCCCUCUCCAUCACACUCAACGACAGCAGAUACGGAUGCCUGCUCUUCAGGUCCAUCGUCACAGAGGAACACUAUAAAGCCUGGAGCAAAACCACCAACUGGGAUGGAGCGAAGGGCAAGCGAGCACUGCCGCAAAAUGUGAAAAACUUUGUGGUCUCAACACUACAACGAAAGUUCCCUGCUAUGGGGAGGAGUGAACUGAAGGACUGCAUCAAUAAGAUCAACGAAUUCCUCCGCAAACACGCCAGAUCUUCCCAGGGAUUCAACGUGCUUUAA